CACGCGCACUACGCAGGGGCUGAGAGAAUGACGUAAACAGGCUCAGUGAGGGAUCCUACGUGUCAGGAAGUGAGGGAGUGGUUUGGGAUCGAGCCGGUGUCACAGCGACGCUCCACAGUUGGUUACGGAGGCGCCGGCGGAGAGCGCGAGAGAGAGCGAGUGUGUGUGUGUGUGUGUGUGUGAGAGAGAGAGCUGAGAGGGCUGGCGGCGGUUUAACGGGACUCCCUCCGGUAUGGGCCUGGUCGCGCGCGUGCGGAAAGAAUGGUUCAUCGUCGGUAUCGCGCUCGUGAUCGCUUCGGCCAAGCUUGCGCCGUCGGUCGGUGUGAAAGGAGGUCCUCUUCGGCCCGAGAUAACGAUCACCUACAUCGCUGUGUCUGCCAUCUUCUUCAACAGUGGUCUGUCCUUAAAGACUGAGGAGUUGGCGAGUGCGUUAAUGCACGUGAAGUUGCAUCUGUUUGUUCAGACGUUCACUCUGGUCUUUUUCCCCGUGGCCAUCUGGGCUCUUCUCAAAGUCUUGGCACUUACUACCAUUAAUGAAUGGCUUCUCAAAGGGUUACAGACGGUGGGCUGUAUGCCUCCUCCUGUGUCGUCUGCCGUCAUCCUUACCAAAGCCGUCGGAGGAAACGAGGCCGCCGCCAUUUUCAACUCAGCGUUCGGAAGCUUUCUGGGGAUCGUCGUCACGCCGCUGCUGCUGCUGCUGUUCCUGGGCUCGUCCUCCUCAGUACCGUUCUCCUCUAUCUUCUCUCAGCUCUUCAUGACCGUAGUUGUCCCUCUUAUAGUUGGGCAGGUGUGUAGGAGGUUCCUGAGGGAGUGGCUGGAGAGGAGGAAGCCCCCGUUCGGCACGGUGAGCAGCGUCGUCCUGCUCAUGAUCAUAUACACCACGUUCUGCGACACCUUCUCCAACCCCGACAUCGAGCUGGACCACCUCAGCCUCCUCAUCAUCGUCUUCAUCAUUUUCAGCAUUCAGCUCACCUUCAUGUUACUGGCAUUCUUCCUGUCUACCAGGAAGUCUUCGGGCUUCACAGCUGGAGAUUCUGUAGCGAUACUCUUUUGCUCGACGCACAAAUCCCUCACGCUGGGAAUCCCCAUGCUGAAGAUUGUAUUUGCAGGCUUUGAGCAUCUCUCGCUCAUCUCAGUGCCUCUGCUCAUCUAUCACCCGGCUCAGAUUCUCCUGGGCAGCAUCCUGGUGCCAACCAUUAAAGCCUGGAUGAACAAGAGUGAGAAGGCUGCCAUUUUAGUGCACUAAAUCUGCAUGCCUUUACCUUCCCGCCGUCGUUCGACUCCGCCCUGAUACUAACCAACCUGCAGCCAAUCUGAGAGAAUUGUGAAUAAAUAUACCUCAGGCUGAAACGUGACGGGACCCAACGCCGACGUGAUCUGCAGUUAGACGUCGCUCCUGAUGAAGGACGAGAGAGGUUUCUCGGGAUGGAGCGAUGACCAAGUGCCUUACUGUGACUCGCGGGACCUCAGGCAGCUUCGGCAGCUCAUUUCUUUCUCUCUCUCUCUCUCGCUCUCUCUGUUUCUUCCUGUCUCUCUCUCUCUCUCUCUUCCUGUCUCUCUCUCUCUCUCUCUCUGCAGGGAAAUUAUUUUACGAGCUCAAAAUUAUCCCAAGAGCGUGUUUUGUUUUUUUUAAUGAAUGUGAAUGUACAGCUUUAUUUUUAUAUGAAGCUUGACGCUUCGCACACUGAGAACACAAUAAGGACAUUCCCAGUCAUUUUUUUCCCCCCAUAAUUGUAUUUCUAUCUUGGCUAAGGGACCAGACGCCUGUUCUGCUUGAUGAAUUGCUUUUAUCACUCUUCAGGUUGUUCGUUGUUUGUCUCUCAGCGUGACGUCUGUAGCUUGGAGGUCAGUGUUGCUGACGUUAGUGCUGCGUGAUACGGACGGUUAAUCAUGUUGCUGUUACAUUUGACGUGUUGUGACCUUUAAUCCCAAAUCAGGUCAAAGAAAAAACUGUGUUAUGGGGGCCAAACAGAAUUAGGACGUCUCAUCCACACCUUCGGGAUGAUUACUGUACUGUACUGUAUUGUAGUUAGAGGUUAAAGGGUGGAUUUGAACAUUUGCGUCCUUUUGCAAAAAACUGCAGUAUUGCAUAGUCUAAUGAUUAACAAACGAUAUAUACAUCGUACAACCUGCCGCAUAUCAGCUGUGUUUUUACUGCCACAAUAAAACACCCAGAAGUCGAGUUACUGACAACUCAAA